UGUUGUAAGGAGGCGGGUGGCUGCCUGUGCUGCCAGGCAGAGGAGAAGGGCUGGCAUCCCCAAAGCCUCUCGGUGGGCCGAGUUUGGGACCUGGAGGAGCGCCGAGCUCAGCACCGCUCAGGACCAGACCUGGAAGGAAAGCCGCUCUGCCUUCAGGCGGGUGACAAGCAUUACCACCCCAGCUGUGCCCGAUGCAGCAGAUGCAACCAGAUGUUCACAGAAGGCGAGGAAAUGUAUCUUCAAGGUUCCACCGUUUGGCAUCCCGACUGUAAGCAGUCCACCAAGACGGAGGAAAACCUGCGGCCACCAAACUUCCACCGCUCUGCAUCCGAUUUCUUUUAUCCCAAAAGUCUGAUCCGUCGCGCAGGCCGCUCUCCGUCUCUGCAGCCCACAAGGACCUCCUCGGAGAGCAUUUACUCGCGGCCCAGCUCCAGUAUCCCUGGCUCCCCAGGCCACACUAUCUAUGCAAAAGUCGACAAUGAAAUCCUGGAUUACAAGGACUUAGCAGCGAUCCCCAAGGUCAAGGCAAUUUAUGAUAUUGAGCGUCCUGAUCUCAUUACCUACGAGCCUUUCUACACAUCGGGCUAUGAUGACAAGCAGGAGAGACAGAGCCUCGGGGAGUCUCCGAGGACCCUGUCUCCUACUCCAUCAGCAGAAGGCUACCCGGAUGUUCGAGACCGGAUAAUCCAGCGCUCCACCAGCCAGGGCUCCAUCAGCUCCCCGGUGUACAGCCGCCACAGCUACACUCCCACCACGUCCCGCUCGCCCCAGCAUUUCCACAGGCCUGAGCUGCUGUCUCCUGGUGUGCAGAGGUGGUCUUACCUUAGCACCCACAGCGACUCCCGCCCCAACUCCCCCUUCCGACACCACUUCAUUCCCUAUGUCAAAGGCAAUGAGCCGCCCAGCGGCCGGAACUCCCCUCUCCCUUACCGGCCAGACAGUCGCCCUCUAACGCCAACUUUCGCUCAGGCCCCUAAACAUUUCCAUGUUCCAGAUCAAGGGAUCAACAUUUACCGAAAGCCACCCAUCUACAAACAGCAUGAUGCAGCUGCCCUGGCAGCCCAGAGCAAGUCUUCAGAAGACAUCAUCAAGUUUUCCAAGUUCCCAGCAGCCCAGGCUCCAGACCCCAACGAAAUUCCAAAGAUUGAGACGGACCACUGGCCUGGUCCCCCCUCACUUGCCGCCGUAGGAACCGACGCGAGACGCAGAUCUAGUGGCCGAGAGGAAGACGAGGAAGAGCUCCUGAGACGCCGGCAGCUUCAAGAAGAGCAGUUGAUGAAGCUCAAUUCGGGCCUGGGGCAGCUGAUCCUGAAAGAAGAGAUGGAACGGGAGAGAGAGAACCGAGAAAGAGCAGCCACGCUGGCUAGCCGCUAUGACUCACCCAUCCACUCAGCUACACAUGGUCCAUCCUCCAAAACCGCGUCCCUCCCAGGCUACGGCAAAAACGGGCUUCACCGGCCUGUCUCCACGGACUUUGCACAAUAUAACAGCUAUGGGGACGUCAGUGGUGGAGUCCGAGACUUCCAGACCCUCCCGGACGGCCACAUGAUGCCCGGGAUGCGGAUGGACCGGGGAGUGUCUAUGCCCAACAUGCUGGAACCAAAGAUAUUUCCAUACGAAAUGCUCAUGGUGACCAGCAGGGGGCGCAACAAAACCCUACGAGAGGUGGACAGGACCAGGCUGGAGCGCCACUUAGCCCCCGAGGUGUUCCGGGACGUCUUUGGGAUGUCCAUCCAGGAGUUUGACAGGCUGCCUCUCUGGCGACGCAACGAUAUGAAGAAGAAAGCCAAGCUCUUCUGAAGUUCCCCCUUAGAAAAGGGGAGCAAGGAUGGUGGGGACACACUGGAUGUGAACUCAUGACCCAAACGCCAUGGGAGACUUUGCAAACCUCCAUUGCCCAGCAACAAGAGAGGGGAAACCGAUUGAAACACCGGAGAGCCAGCCGACACUUGAGCCACCCAACAGCAGGACUCCAGGAGCAAGGGGUAGAAAUCUCUCCAUUCUCAGACUCAGCUGCCCUGCUCACAUGUGACCUUUCUACACCAACUUACGUCUGAGACUCGAGCGCCUUCCUCCUCCAUGUCCCUCGGCUGCCAUCCACCAGGGGCGCUACCUGUCGGAGAAGAGCCAACAAGUGCCCUUAGGGGGCCGCCCACAGGGUGAGGGGGGUAGGGGUGUUGUCAAACAGAAGCAGUUGUACUCACUCCAAAGUAUGGCUGCUGAUUCCGCAGCUUGAGGGCUAAGAAAACAGAGCACCAGGCACCUGUCCCUGUCGCCACAGCCAUUCCGCACUUGGCUUCCCUUAGGGCUGGAGCAGCCCUGCCCAGGCUCGGCCAGAAUGGAGCCCUGCAGCGGGGCAGCCCCAUGUGAGCUGCUGCAGAAAUUGGGUGGUGGCCAGCUCCUGGUCGUCUUCUGUCUGCUGGGCCAGGGUUGCUGAAGGACUCCGCUAUCUGUUCGUUUUGUGGGUUCUGUUGGGUUUCUGUUGUUAAGAGAAGGAAAGGGAACCCCCACCCCUUGACCCCUGUUCUACUUGAGAUCAUACCCUUGGCCGGCCCUCCCCACCACGGUGUGUGAGGGGGGCUCCCAGCUCUUCAAAGAAAGGACAGGAAGGCUCGCCUUCAGGCCGGCAGACUUGCAUGCUGCUUGGGGAAGCCUGGAGCACUCUUGGCCAGAAACAAGUCUAACGUCCUCUGCUCUGACCCCAGCCCCUUGCGCAGCAGCGUUGUCCAGGGUUGGUCUUGUGUGUGGAGGUUGUUCCGUGGGAGGAGAAGGAAUGGCAUGGUUGUUUUUUUCCUCCAGUCCCUGCAACUCCAGGUAGAUGACUUCCAACAGAUUUGAUAUGGCCUCUCCAGCUUUCCCUCUGGCCGAGCCUUGUGUGGGUGUGUGCGCAUAUAGGCGUGCGCAUGUGUGCGUGUGUGCGUGUUACACUUACCCACGGGAGAUGGAUGAGUCUGCCUGUGCUUUGAGUCCUGAUUCUGCUUCAGUGUCUGCCCCACACCCCCAUAUCGAGCCUCAGAAAGGGCCCCGUGCCCAGGUGCAAUGCACCUGACCCUAAGAUCGAGAGGAGGCUCCACCUGCCACCUGCACCUGUGCUGCCUGUUUCACUCUGUUUCACAGAGUGGCCCUGGCCAGGAUCAGCCUGAAGACUGGAUGUAAGGCCAGGGCGCGUGUAGGGACUCAGUAUUUCACCAGGUCUCCACUCGAGAGUCCCUCCUGAGCCUCAGCCAUUGCCAACACCCAGGCGAAGAUGGCCCCGUGGGACUCCGGAAAGGAACUCGUGUGACUCGAACAGGAAGUGAGCUGGAGGCGGUGACAGUGUCCACACAGGUGCCUCCAUCCUCCGGCUCUUGGCUCUGCUCGGGAACUCCAGGCCGUGGAAUUGUCCUCAGCCAUCACCGACGGCCGAAGCCAGGCGUGCUGCCCCUUGGCACCAAGCAUCAGCAUCGGGACAGCUCUUGGUCUGUCCGGCGCUGGUGGUAACGAGCCAGUGGACUACUGGCCACAGGGCCACUCUCGGGGUGGGGGUGGGGGAUGGACACUGGGAUGGCUUUGCAGGCUCUGAGCAGUGAGGACCCUCCUCAUGCUGUGGGGGGGUGUGGUGGUGUGUGUGUGUGUGUGUGUGUGUGUGUGACUGGAGGUGGCGUGGAGAUGACAAGAGCAGCCCCCCUGCAGCUUGCAACACCAACCCUUCAUAGGCCAUUUGCCUCUUGUCUCACCCUCCCUUUGCUGUCUCACCCUCUCUCUGACCUCUCCCGAAACUCUUGAGCCCUGUCCUUGGGGCCCCGCCCUUCCAGCUGUUUGUAGCAUGAGAGCGUGGAGCGCCGUGACCACCGGUCUUUCCCUACCACCGCCAGCCUCAGUGAUGGCCAGUCGGCCCCCGAACCCGGCUGGCAGAGAGGUUCUGUUCCUGGUAGCGAUGGUGGGUGGUGGUGGUGGUGGGGUCACUGGUUGAGGAAGACCCAGCCCAGCCCACCCUUGCAGAGUAUAUGUCCACGCAGGGAAAUGAGGUAUGUGGGAAACAUGGGUGCCAUCAGGUGGCUCGGCCAAGAUGCCUGCCUUUAGUUGAUGCUGGGAACUGUGCCCUGGGCUCAGGACUAAGAAAAAGGAGCAUCAACUUCCCAAAGGCAGCAGAGAGCGGGGCUGGGAGCCUAAGAGGCCACAGGGCACCGAGAAGUGCCAUUUCCAAAGUCUGCUGCCUGGUGUGAAGCCACGGUCCUUGUGUCUUGAACUCGGUUCUGUGUCCAAGCUGGGUCGGAGGUGGUGGGAGGGCCUUGCUUCCCUUUCGAGCAUGCCAGCUACUGGGCAUGCCCACCCACAUAAAUGCACUGCCAGAGCCCACGGGUGCCUCCCGUCUACCAGCUGAACAUGCUGAGCGGGGAGGGGGCAGCAGGCAUGUGAACACACAGUAGGCUCUCUGGAGAAGACCCCAGGGUAGGGAGCAGGGCAUGGGGGCGGCCUGCACCGCCUCCCCACCCAGUGUCCCUCUGUGCUGUCACCUUGGGCUCAGCACGGGUGUCCUCCAAGUGGGUGGGUCAUGGUAUCGGAGAUGGCUGAUCUCCUGAGUGAGCCCUGCCCCUUUGGAUGGUGAACUUGGAUGGAGGCUGGAAAGGAGGUCUGUGGGCAGCGAGCUUCUGGAUCCUGAGAUACCGUGGACUGGAUAAAGGCCAGGGCUUCCUUUCCAGUUUCUCCCCAGGGAGCCUCCUAAGUUAUUUAUUGUCUUUGGGAAGCCCGCACGGCUGGCCUUGGGCUGAGUGAUGAGGUGUUCCGAAUGCGACUUCUUUGAAAACUCAAAAGACAACCCGUUCUCUGAAACCUCCAAGCCACAGAGCUAGAGCCAGUAGAUAAUAAUAAGGUGCAAAAGAAGUCUCCUCGCUCCCUUUCCACAUCCCCAAAGACUACUGUCCCCACGUUGAGCUUCCUCUGUGGAAGCAGGGGCUCAGAAGGUGGCCCUGCAGCUUUCCCCAUUGCCCCUCAGGCUGGUCAGAUCCAACAGCCCCUUUGGAAUCGUCCUGCUGGUCCCGAUUCUGAAAUUCUCACCUAGUUUCUUUACACUGCGAAGCAAACACCUUUUUCUAAACAAAUGCUUCUCUGAUGAUUAUAUAAAAUAAGUGUGUUUUUGCAAAUUAACACCCACCCACACCCACUUCAAAGGAACCACUUUUGACUUAGGUAGGUCUUUUUUAACAACAGCUAGCAAAACAAGCUUAACACCAAGCCUUCUCUGACACGCUGACCUGGCAGCUGGCCUGGGGAAGAGGCUGGCCGAAGGGCUUUGCUCAGCCCAGUGUAAUUGGCGGCCAACUCAGAUAAGCAGGUGAGGAGAGGGGAGGUAGGCCUUUCAGCUGAAUGACUCUUCCCAAACUCUGCAUGCAGCAAAAUGAAAUGACUCCUACCUUUAUCAGCAGCUCGCUGUCAUUGAGUGCCUGCCGGCUGCCCGCCUUCAGUGGGACUUCCUAGACUCUCAGCCCCGGCCAGGGAGGGGACAGUCUACAACUCAUAAAGGGGCGAGCCGUGCCAUGACUAUGUUUGCAUACGUUGCUGUACCUUACAGAGGAGUAGACCAUCGAUUGUCCCCAACCCUGAGAACCCUUCGUGGGCCCCAGGGGUGUGGUCUCUGUAACAGAGCCUCAAAGUGUGCAUACGUUGCUGUACCUUACAGAGGAGUAAACCAUCGAUUGUCCCCAUUCCUGAGAACCCUUCAUGGGCCCCAGAGGUGUGGUCUCUGUAAAUCCCCCACAACAGAGCCCCAAAACGCGCUCUCUGGGGUCAUUCAUUGUGAGUUGGCUUUGUGGGAUUUUUGUCUUUUCCAGUGUGGAAGGCCUACUGUUCUCUCCCCCUCGCGUCCCCCUCCCCCCACCCUUCCCCAAAUCCAAAAGCAAAUGUUUGGAAGACCCUCUUGGUAAAAGCCUUCGUGUCCCCGUGAACAUUGAGUGGUUGGUUGUCUGUCUGUACCCAGAGUGCCACGUGCUUGUCUGCAGAGGAGGAGGGGGCCGGCCAGGCUCCAGCUUGCUGUGCUUUGCAGGCCCCCCACCUGCCCACGCCACCCCAGUCGCAAGCCGCCGCUGCCCCCGCCGUACUCUGACACCAUUGUACUCUGCAUCCCUGGUGUACCCAGAGCCACACCAUGAAUAAAGUUAUGUGCUUUAUUCGUAAA